AUGCGCAUCUUCAAGGGCAACAUCGAGCAGAUCUACGGCGACGCGCCGUCCUUCGACGGCGCGCCGCUCGCCGAGGGCGACAUCAGCGGCCUCGCCGACGGCACGCUCUACCUCGGGCUCCACGAGUACAGCCAGCGCUUCGGCCCCGUCUACAAGCUCUGCUUCGGGCCCAAGUCGUUCAUCGUCGUCAGCGACCACGCCGUCGCCAAGCACGUGCUCCGGGAGAACAACGGCGGCUACAACAAGGGCGUCCUCGCGGAGAUUUUAGAGGACAUCAUGGGCAAGGGCCUCAUCCCCGCGGACCCGGUCACGUGGAAGGCGCGGCGCCGGGCCAUCGUGCCCGCGUUCCACAAGCGGUGGCUCGCGCGCAUGCUGACCAUGUUCGCGGACGAGACGGAGCUCCUCAACGCCGAGCUGCCCCUGGGGGAGCCCGUGGACCUCGAGGAGCGCUUCGGCUCCCUGGCCCUCGACAUCAUCGGCUCCGCGGUCUUCAACUACGACUUCGACAGCGUCCGCGAGCCGUCGCGCGUCGUCAAGGCGGCCAUCGACACGCUCCGCGAGGCGGAGCACCGGUCCAUGACGCCGGCGCCCUACUGGAAGAUCCCCGGGGCCAUGCAGGUCGUGCCGCGGCAGCGCGCGUUCACGGAGAACAUGGACCUGCUCAACGGGGAGCUCAACAAGGCCAUCGCCGCGGCGCUCGCGGACCGCGUCGAGGAGGCGACGGAGGAGCUGGAGCGGCGCGACUACGCGACCAUGGAGAACCCGAGUCUGCUGCGCUUCCUCGUGGACCAGCGCGGCGAGGAGGCGACGUCGACGCAGCUGAGAGACGACCUGAUGACGAUGCUCAUCGCGGGCCACGAGACGACGGCGUCGGCGCUGACCUGGUGCCUCUUCGAGCUCGCGCAGAACCGGCCCCUCCUGGAGGAGCUGCGCGCGGAGCUCGACGCGAAGCUGCCCGGCGGCCGGCCGCCGCGGACCUUGGACGAGGUCCGCGCCGUCGAGCUCACGCGGCUGACGGUCGCGGAGUCGCUGCGCAUGUACCCGCAGCCGCCGCUCCUCAUCCGCCGCGCCGUCGACGACGACGCCGUGCCGACGGUCCAGCUCCCGGACACGGACGAGCUCGACGCGUCGGGGCUGCGCGCGCGGGCCGUCGACGUCAAGGUGCCGCGCGCGUGCGACAUGUUCAUCGCCAUCUACUCGCUGCACCGGAACCCGCGCUACUGGAAAAACCCGGACUCCUUCGACCCGAAGCGCUGGCUCGAGAAGUACGCCAACCCGGACGAGCCCACGUGGGCCGGCUACGACCCGGCCAAGUGGAAGGCCGGCGACGGCAUGGGCUCGCUCUACCCGACGGAGACGUCGGCGGACUUCGCCUACCUGCCCUUCGGCGGCGGCGCGCGCAAGUGCGUCGGCGACCAGUUCGCCAUGAUGGAGGCGACGGUCGCGCUCGCGGGCUUCCUCCAGCGCUUCGACUUCGACUUCGCCGGGCCGACGGACACGCCGGACAAGGUCGGCACGAACACGGGCGCGACGAUCCACACGCGCAACGGCCUCUGGAUGACCGUGACCGAGCGGGCCAAGUAA